CGGAUCGAAGACCGAGAGCGAGAGAGAGAGCUUUGCAGGAAGAUUAGCGGCUAAGGCUACAGUGGGCACCCACUGUUAGCUCGAAACCAGCUGGAUUAGCAUUUUCUUUGCCGUGUUAGCCUAGCCCCUAUCCCAAUCCCUAUAUAGUGUGGAGGUCGUUCUCUCCCUCCUCUGCUCUGCUCUCGUCGUCUCCACACCGUGCGAUAGCUGCUGCCCGGCCCGUGUCUCUCGAAGAAGACAAGUCCAACACUGUUGCUGCCUGACUGCUGAAUUUGCUCCACAGCUUCAUCCCACACGCGCGGACCCAGCAGGACAAGAACACGAACCUGAGACAGAGAGAGAGAGAGGGAGAGAGGAGAUCAUCCAUCCAUCCAUGGAGAACCUUAAGGAGCGGGGCCACGACGCGGCCGGCGGCAACAACGCCUGGAUGACGGUGCCGGCGUUCGGGGACUGGGACAUGAAGAACGGCGCGCUGCCGGACUACUCCAUGGACUUCUCCAAGAUCCGCGAGAUGCGCAAGCAGAACAAGAAGGAGCUCUCCCGCGCCAGCAUCGGCGGCGACGACGACCUCCUCGCCCACGCCCAGGCACACAAGCCGCAGUCCAACAACGCCCAGCCCAAGCUCGGCCGCCCCCGCCCCGCCGACGACCACCGCCGCCGCCCGCUCCACGCCCGCGACCACUCCCCAACGGGAGGGAAGAAGUUCCUGAGCUACUUCCAGUGUUGUAUCAAGGCCUGAAGAGGACUGCAGUGCUGCCUGUGCCUGUGUUUUGUCGCAGCAGAACACCUGUGAGCAAUCAGGUCUCGGUUUUGUUAAGUAUCCAAAAAUGUGUAAUAUAUUUGUUCUUAUGAUCACUCGUUGGGCCUGUAUGAAGAACAAACCAGCUUAUGGGGUAAACAGCGUUCUCUUUGGACACAUCACAAUCAAUUUGUUUGUGAUUGGCAAUGUUACCCUGUAAUCAUUAUAUUGGAUGGGAAAUUUGCAUCAGCUCCGUCUUUUUGUA